GUCUGGAGCGGUAGGAUGGCGGCUCGGAGAAGCUUGAGAUACCCGGGGUCCCCGGGUGCAAAGCAAUCAAAGAAUGCUCUGGGAAGAACACAUUCUAGGAGACAUAGCGCUGGUCAAAAGCACAAGCCUAAGGACCCGUUUGACUUCUCGGAUAAUUCUGUCUCAAGCAUGCUGGGAGAAAUGGGAGAUGAAGAGGAGCUGAAUGAGUCCUUCGACCCUCCUCUGCACAGUACUGUUAUUGAUGCUGAAGAGGAGCUGCCCAAAAGGCCAUCUGCCUUUCCAGCCACUCACGGAAGAGAAGAGGGCAGAAGCUUGAACCUUUCUGAGACUGAAGCAAGAGGAAGCAGUUCUCUAAAGAGCAGCACGAAAAAGACAAGGAGAAAGCUUGAGCCCAUCAGCGAUGAGUUUGAGAGCUCUGAAGAUGACAUAAGGAGGAAAGUGAGGUCCACAGAGAGAACACUUGCACAGCAGCCCCGGGCGGCACCCCCUGUGGAGCCAGCACAGCAGCCCCGGGCGGCACCCCCUGUGGAGCCGGCACAGCAGCCCCGGGCGGCACCCCCUGUGGAGCCAGCACAGCAGCCCCGGGCGGCACCCCCUGUGGAGCCGGCACAGCAGCCCCAGGCAGCACCCCCUGUGAAGCCAGCAAAAAACCUCACAGCCAAGAAGAGGAGACCCCAAGGCACUCAGCCCUCUGCUGUAGGAGAGACUCAGAGACCACUGAAAACUCAGAAGAAAGUGAGGCCGUCCCCUGGCAGAAGGAAGAAAUCAAGAAGCGAAGCCACAGACUCAGAUGCUUCUGAAAGUAUGCACAUUUGGUGUCUAGAAGGAAAGAGACGUGGUGACGUCAUGGAGUUGGAUGUUAUUUUGUCUGUGUUUGAGAAAACCUUCCUGGAGUAUAAACAAAGAGUAGAGUCUGAAAGAUGUUGUCAAGCCAUCAACAAAUUUUAUUUUAAAAUUAAAGGAGAACUCUUCAGAAUGCUUAAAAAAGACCAGGUGCUGAGAGCUUUGAAAAGGAAGAACACCCAGAUGAUUUCCAACAUGGAAAAGAAACGGCAGCGUUUAGUUGAAGUCCAGGAGGAACUGCUUCGAUUAGAACCACAACUGAAACAACUACAGACAAAAUAUGAUGACCUCAAGGAGAGAAAGUCAUCACUUAAGAAUUCCAUACAUUUCUUAUCUAACUUAAAACAGCUGUACGGAGACUAUUCAGAUGUUCAAGAGAAAGAACCAAAGGAAAAGGAGGAGUAUGACACAUCUAGCCUUCCAGCUCUGUUGUUUAAAGCAAGAACGAUUCUGGGAGCCAAGAAACACCUGAAAACCAUCAACUAUCAGCUGGGGAAGCUCCUUGAGCAGGAAUGAGACCACAAGCUGAGUCAGCCUCCUGCCACCAUCUCUCCUGAAGCUGCGCUCUUGACACUCUUCAAACUUCCGUUCUGAAAAUAAGUGUGGCUUACUCAUCAGAAUUUAUUAUCACUUUGUCAUUCAAACUAAAUUACACCUGUUCAAUUGUAGCAGUUUCAGAAACCAUGUAGUUCUGAUUAUUAUUAAUAAAUUUCAGUCUUGACAUGUUAGUCAUCACUUGGCAUAAGAGUUUUACCCUACAAUAAACUUUUAAUGAUGUCAG